AUCAAGGAAGCUUUAGUUAUUGUUCACACUAGUGGGAUCUAUGUAUCAUCUUUAUACAUAAAUACCCCAACACAUAUCUUUGAAAGAUACUUCCAAUCAUCAUCUACUCACUUCCUCUUCUCAGCAUCUAAUAAAUCUAUUCACUAAUCAUCCUUCUACUCUUAUCUAACUCAAAUCAACACAAUGGUUGCCAUCAAAAAUGUUAUCCUCUUCAUCUCCGCAGUUUCUGCAGCUGCUAUUUCUCGGCGUACACCAGCUACCAUCCUCUCUGAUAUAACCACCAUUGAUACCAACGUCAACGCUCUUACAAAUGCUGUAAAAAACUACAAUGGUGGAUUCUUUGGCUUGAUUUCAGUCAGCAGUACUGAAUCGACUCUGGAGAAUUGUGAGGAUUAAGCCGAGAUACCCCAAUAUCAAUGAAACUAACCCUAUACCUCAGCUAUCAAAAAUGCUGCCACCGAUGCCAGCAACACAUCUCCCCUUUCCUCGGCCGACUCUGAAAAUAUCUUCGUCGAAAUCGACAAUCUAAAGCCCGAUAUCAAUGAGGCACUCAAUGCACUAGUAGAAAAGAAAUCUACAUUCGCCUCCGCAGGGGUCGAUUCAACUGUUGCGAGCGACCUAGCAAAUUUGAAAAAGGAAACUGAUGCUUUUGGAAAGGCACUCCUUGCCAUUUUUUCUUCUGAUGUAAAGCAAAGAUUGACUGCGGAUUUGGAUACGAUUGAUACUUUUUUUACCAAUGCACAGGCUCAGUUUUAAGGGGUCAUGGAUUCAACGAUAGCAUUCAACGAUUGUAUCAGGGAAUGAAGGAGUGGGUGGUUGGGUUUAAAAUUGACUAGUUUUGAGUCAGUGUUUUGACAUGACUGAUAUUUAUGGUAAUACUUUGUUGGAGAGGGCCAUACCGGUCAAAACAUAACAGUACUCAAUCAAAACUACACUGAUUGAGAUUGUAUUUUAACCAUGCAACCAUGAUCUCGUGCUUGUGAAGCAUAAUCUACAUUGUCCCCCAAAAAGUUGAAUGUUCAAUAUCUAGGUAGUAGUAGCCGUAUCAAUACAUGCUUAUAAUCUACAUCCUCAUAAUGUAUUACCACGUUCUGAAUAUUCAAAUC